AUGUCUCUCCACCACAUCGCCAGCCUUGUGGGAGCCUCAUCGUCCAAUACCACCACCACCUACCAAACCCUCUCCAUCAUCCUCCUCCUCCUCACCCUCGCCCUCUACGCCCUGCGCCAAUGGCUUCUUCCCCGGCCCAUCCCCGGCAUCCCGCACAAUGCCACCGCCACGCGCUCCCUCCUCGGCGACAUCAUGGCCAUCCAGGCCGAGAUGCCCGACAACAUCAGCGAAUGGGUCGUGCGCCAGAGCGACCGCCACCGCUCGCCCAUCUACCAGGUCUUCCUCGUGCCCUUUGCGCGACCCUUUGUCGUCGUCUCCGACUUUCGCGAGGCGCAGGACAUUCUCGUCCGCCGCGCGCACGAGUUUGACCGCUCCGACCUCGCCAUCGCGCUGCUCCGCGGCGAGAUGCCCAACUUCCACGCCUGCCUCAAGACGGGCCCCGUGUGGACGGCCCACCGCCGUCUGCUGCAGGACAUUAUGUCGCCGGAAUUCCUUCACGGCGUCGCCGCGCCCAACAUGUACAGGGGCGCAUGUCGCUUGUUGGAGCUGUGGCGCAUCAAGUGUGCCAUUGCCGGCGAGGGACGGCCCUUUGCGGCGAAUCACGACUUGAGCUACGCGACGUUUGACGCCAUCUACGACUUUGGCUACGGCGAGGGCACGGAGGAGCGCGCGCUGGUCGAGCAGCUGAAGCUCUUCCACGGUCUAGACGAAGAGGCGCGCAGCGAGCUGCGAAACGGUGCCGCCCCGGAGGAGCCCGUCGAGUUUCCGCAGGCGCCGCUCGCGCCGGCCAUGGACGCCGUGCUGCGCACCACGGAAAACGUCACAAAGGUCGCCGUGACGGGCUUCCCGGACAUUGCCUGGCGCGUGCUGUCCUGGUUCCCGCGCGUGCGCCGCCUGCGCAGGCUCAAGGACCAGUUCAUCCAGGGCCAGGUCGACAAGGCCGUGGAUCGGGUGGCUGCCGCCGACAGCUCGAGCGACACAGGCGGCUACUCCAAGCUUAAGUGCGCCCUGGACCUGAUUAUCCUGCGCGAGCGUGCACUGGCCGCAAAGGAGAACCGCGAGCCCGUGUACUGGUCCGACUCGAUCAAAGAUGAAAUGUUCGGCUUCGUCACCGGCGGUCACGAAACCUCGUCCAACGUCCUCGCCUGGGGCGUCAAGUUCCUCGCCGACCACCCAUCGCAGCAGUCUGUCCUGCGCGCGCGCCUCCGCGCCGCGCACCCGUCCGCCGUCGCCGCAGGCCGCUUCCCCACGCACGAGGAGAUCACCGCGCUCCAGAUCCCGCUGCUCCUCGCCACCAUCGAGGAGAUCCUGCGCCUCGCCCACGCCGCCGCCAUGACGGACCGCCAGUGCACCGCCGACACCGUCGUCCUCGGGCACCCCAUCCCCAAGGGCACCACCGUCGUCCUCGUCAACAAGGGACCGGGGUACACGUCCCCGAACCUGCCCAUCCCUGAGCACCUGCGCAGCGAGACCUCCCAGAAAGCCGCUGCGGCGGCUGGGGGCAGGGACGACGGCGCGGGCUACUACCGCAUGCGCGACGAGGACGGCAUGGGCGCGUUUGACCCCCGGCGGUGGCUGGUCACGAACCCAGAGACCGGGGCGGAGGAGUUCGACGCCACGGCGUACCCGAGCAUCCCGUUUGGCCUCGGCCAGCGCGGGUGUUUUGGGAGGAGGAUGGUGUACGUCCAGUUCAAGCAGCUGCUCACGCUGCUGGUGUGGCAGUUUGAGUUUUUGCCGUGCCCGGAGAAGCUGUCCGGGUACGACGCCGUGCAGGUCCUGACUAACAAGCCCCGGCAGUGCUACGUUGCGCUCAAGGAGCUAUAG